AAAGAAGCAAAGAAAUGAAUUGUCUAAUCUUAUACGUCAGAAAAUAAAUGUGUGUGUGUCUGCAAUAAGUUUAUAAGAUAAACUUCUUCUUUUUCAAAUAUGAUUUGCAAAAUUUUAUCUGCAGUGAGUAACUGUUAACUUCGUGAGCUUGCACAUAAGGGGGACAGGGUUUAAUAAAUGCAAAUGAUAGAUUAAAACAACAAAAGAGUAAUGACGCUUAACAAUGUAAUCUAAUCUCUAGGACAUAUUUCUAUGAAUACAGUUAACUGGGUUCAUAUUCCUCUCAUCAUUCAAGGUGUUUGGUCAAGACAACGUUUCUAGUACAGAAGUUAAGGAAUGAGCAAAGAAGCCAAGCCAGACGUUCCCGCCGGCCUGGUAAGAAGCCUGAGUACACGAUGGGAACUAAACGGUCAAGACUUCGACGAAGUGGACUCCAACACCCAGGAACCUGUGAGAACAAACAGGAGGCUGAGAGUAAGACCGAGAAAUAAUAUUCCUCAGCUGCACAACAGUUUCCUCCAACAAAUCCUGGGUGGAACGUACAGCGAAUUAGAAGUGGCUGGUUUCCUUCUGGAGCAGGAGCGUGAAGGAGGUCCCAGACAAACCAGCAACGUCAUGACUAUCAAGGUCCUUUGUACUGGCCACUUUCAGCUGAACCUCAUCUUCAAGUCAAUAAAUUCCGCGUCUCCAAAAGCCAAGGUACUCAACUUCAGGGAGCUGUUCAAAAAGGAGGCCCUCAUGUAUUCAACUGUAAUUCCUCAACUGAUCGCCAUGCACCAAGAUGAUCCUCUGGAUAUGUUCGCCAGGAGCUACCAUGCCAGCAACGAUCUUAUAGUACUAGACGAUCUUGGAUCGCAUGGUUACCGUACAGGUGACCAUGGGACAGGACUGGACGCUGCCCACAGCAAACUGGUAUUUGCUGAACUGGGUCGCUUCCAUGCUACAUCCUACGUGCUCAAGAAGUCUGAUUCUACAGAAACAACCAAUGCCUUAAAUGAAGUUGGUCGAGAGGUACAGUUUACAAGGGAAAGAAUUUCAAUACACGAGGAACAUCUUGCACAACUUGCAAGGAACACAACUGACAUCAUACAAAAAAAUCCAAAGACAUCUCGCUAUGCGAAACAGGUAGAAGGAAUUCUGCACAACACUUAUCAUCACCUGCUGACAUUCCUGAAACCGAGAGAACCCUUUUUGACACUUACCCAUGGAGAUUUAUGGGCCAAAAAUAUCAUGUUCCGUUAUUCAAAAGAUGAACCAGUAUCUGUGAAGUUCCUGGAUUUUCAGACGUGUCGUUACGGAUCGCCGGCUCUUGACAUCAACUAUUUCCUUUACACAAGUACCACGUCAAGCGUGAGGGAGCGGUACAGGGAUGAUUUCAUAAGAACCUACCAUUGGUCCCUCAGUCGCAAUUUACAUCGACUGGGUUUGAAUAUCAGCCCGAGCCUUGCGGAUUUACGUCGAGAAGUUGACUUCACAUCAUUAUAUGGAUUCCUGGCAGCACAUCUCAUCCUGCGAGAUACCUUUUCAGACUCAAACUUCGAAGGUGAUGCAGACAAGUUUUUCUCUGAGAGAAUUGCAGAUGUAGUCUUGGAUUUGGGUGACCAGGGAGUAUUUGAACAUUUGGUUCAAUAAGUGGCAAGAUGCCACAUGCAGACCGCAUUACAAUAUAACAUGCUUGAUUUUAGAAUACAUUUUGGUUUGAGGUCUACAUAACAGCCUGAGAUAAAAUAAACAGUGAAAAAUUAGUACGAAAUGUUAUUAGACUAUGAAUUAGGCAAGUCAAGAUACUUCUCUGUAUAAUAAUUCGAGCUCACUCCAGGCAAGAUGUGGGUAUUAACAAGAGGGUGUCUAUUUAUCAUGUAUCAUAAGGGCCGCGACAGAGCUCAAGCGGUUAGU